AUGAAGCUGCAAAGCAGUCGCGUCAUCAAGGACGUGCAUGACGUGUGCGACAGAAACAGGGAAAGUUUGGCCAUGGUUCUUUCAAAUAUGUGCGCAUUUGGCGACCCAGAAGCGAAGGCCAUCGUCAAAGACAUUGUCGAAGAGGUGGCUGUAAAAAGGGGAGUAAAGAGGAGUGUGGAAGACCUAGUUGGCGAUGAUACCAUGUCAAAGUACAUGGCGUGCCUGAGAGUUCCGGAUUGGAAGCUUGUCCUUUUCCAGGCGAUGGCAAGAGUUUCUGCGAAAACGUGGCAAUCCGUGAUUAACAUCACAGGGCUCGGAAGGACGGGGGUAAGAUGUUUAGCUACGUUAGUCUUGCUUCAAAAAAAUAAACUAUUCCACCGCAAGCCCCAGUCUUUCAAGCGUCUUAUUGCUCUUGUUUUAUGCAGUUUUAUUCCCUAAACCAAGCCUAGUAUGAAUGUUUAUCGAAAGUGCUGGCAAAUUAGGUUUUUAAAAGUUAGGAUUUUUCCUGCUUAACAAGAGUCGGUGAACUGUAACGAGGAUUACUUAUUUGCAUAAGCGCAUGGCAGUCCUUCAACUGAAGUUAUUAGUAGUGCCAAUGAGUAUCAAGUUUUCCUGGCUAGAAUGUAAUGAUAAUUCUCUUAAGCUACACCUUUUUGGGUAUAAUAUAUGUGAGCCCAUCGUGGGCAGUCUUGUGAUUAUACUUUGUUUUCCAGAGCAAUUUGAGCCUUUGAGCCAGUGGUAAGCUCUUUUUCAGCUGGCGAAAUAAGCUGGCAGCCUGCUCUUAGGGACAAACCCUGGACCAUUAACAUAUAAGGUCAUCGCCCUACCUAUUAAUGUGCCAUGACAUUAUCUCUAAAGUUUUUUCCCAUGAAAUUCUGCGGAUAGACACUGUUUGAACUGGUAGAGCUGUAUUUACCAAGAAUUCAAAAAAAUAUUUGAGGAAAAUAAGCAGUGUCUUAAUGGUCAUUUCGUCAUGUUCAAACUGAUAAAAGUGUCUCAUAAAAUGAUUGUGAAGUCCCUUGCUGACGGUAGCAAAUGUUAUUGUUACAGGUCAAAAUUAUGUUCAAGGGAAGAAAACUACAGAGGUUGAUUCUCUUUUCCCUUUGUUUCCUGGUGCUAGAAGGAGACGAAGCAAACAAAGAAUCAACCUAUAUUAAAAAGUUUUGUCUUUGCGUUCUAUCACUUGCUUUCUGUUAUUUUCUUAGAAAUCCUCUCACGCGCCUCUUCUCUUCAACUUGAACCAAAUCACGGCAGCUAAGAAGAUGGUUUUUUGAGUUUGUAAAGAAUAUAUGGGGGUUAAGAAGGUGGCUCCUCCUAUACAAGGUUUCUCUGUAAAUUUGAGUUCUGUUGUGGAGCUGAUUGUA